AUGAAUACCAACGACUUUAUGAUGCCGCAGGGCAACGGGGACGAAUGGGACAACACAGUCGACCUUGGUCUUUCGUCCAGCCAACCGUGGCCGCAGUAUCAGGGCGCGGUAACCCAGUAUCAGGACCCGGCCACGCAGUAUCAAGGCGCCCCAACGCAAUAUCAAGCCGCAGGAGCGCCGUAUCACAGUCCGGCAGCGCAGUACCAGAGCGCUGCAAUCCUAUUUCAGGCUACGCAAACACGGUAUCAAGGCUUCCCAACGCAAUACCAAACCGUAGCAGCGCAGUCUCAGAGUCCGGAAACGCAGUACCCGGGCGCCGUACCGCAGCAUCAGGGCCCGGCAUGGCACUAUCAGGGCGCAGCCGCCCUUCCCACCAACUAUGACAUGUUUCUUCCCAACGGCGCGGGAUACAUGGACUGCCAGCCGGCCAACGCUUACGCUUUGGGCCAAACGCCUCCGCAUCAAGUGGCACAUGCCCCUGCAGGACUCCAUCCGGGUGUGUUGGCCACCGGCGCUGGCCCUGUCUUGAUGUCCGCCGCCAUGCAGCCGGCCACACCCUACCGGCGCGCCCCGGCAUCCCGCCCAAACGGUCGCGGGCCCUCAGGAAAGUGGACGCCCAAUCGCCAAAAGGCCCGUCGCCCAAGCAAGCUCACCCGCAAGGCUGCCGGGCCGACGACCAAACCUCCCUCGCGCACACAAGACGACGACGCGGCCCUUGACGACGGCGCGGCCUUUGACGACGGCGCGGCCCUUGACGACGGCGCGGCCUUUGACGACGGCGCGGCCUUUGACGACGACGCGGCCCUUGACGACGGCGCGGCCCUCGACAAAGACGGUAAGCCGAUCCCGAGGCUGUUUGACCCGAGCCGCUCCGCAUGCAGCCGCCCGCCUGUUGCCAUUUACAACCACGAAAAGUCGGUGCUGCAGCUCGAGGCCCCCAUUCCCGAACACCCGUCGCCGCGCGUCUUUUCGCACCUCGAACGCGAAUCCGUCGUCGUCUGCUGCGGUGCUGCCGUCCAAGGAAAAGACCGCGCGGCGUGGAGCGUGUUCUGCGGCUGGGGCUCCAAGCACAACGCGAGCGGCGUGCUCGGCCCAGACAGCGACGUGCCCCUGUCCGAGGUCGGGGCGCAGGCGUACGCCGUGUGCAAGGCCGUCGAGCUCGCCAGGUGCAUCCGCCAGGACGACGCCACGUUGCGCCAUGUAUACAUUGUCUCGUCGUCGCAGUACGUGGUCGCGUCCCUGACGAAAGAUGCUCACUGGUUCGAGGAGAGCAAGGACAGCGGCAGGCUGGCGGCCAAUCUCAUCCGGGACGCGCUGAGGGACAUCAAGGCCUUUGGGCGAAGCGGGAGAAGUAAGAAUGCCCGGUGGAUGAGGAUGUGGGAGGUGCCGAAAGAGGAGAACAAGGAGGCCCAGAGCCUGGCCGCGGACGCGCUCAGGGGUCUGCCGGCAUAG